AUGGCAUCGACAACUAAUUUCUUGAUUGCACUUCUUGUUGUUGUUGUAAUGGUUGCUGGUCCAGCAAUGGCAAGUGAGCAUUGGGUUGGAGAUGAUCAAGGUUGGAAGCUCGACUUUAACUACACAAAAUGGGCUGCCACCAAAGAAUUCCAUGUUGGAGAUAAGCUCAUAUUCAAGUACAAGAAAGAUGUUCACAAUGUGAUUAGAGCAGAUCAAGAAGCCUUCCAAAACUGCAAACCAAGUAGUGAUGUUACACCCUUAACUUCUGGAAAUGAUUUGAUUAACCUUACAUCACCAGGGAAAAAAUGGUACAUUUGUGGAAUAGGCCAACAUUGUGUAAAGGGAGUGAAACUUGCUAUCAAUGUUUUGGAAGCUGAAUCUGGAUCCCCUGCUCCUUCACCAAGUGGCCCUGCUCCUUCAUCUGCUUCUUGGAUUUCUCCUAAUGGAAAAUUUGUUGCUUCGAUUGUUGCUGCAUUUGCAAUGUUCGUCGUGAUAAUGUCUUGA